ACACUAAGUAGUAAGCUGAGCACACUACUCCUCCAGUGGAAAUGGCAAAAUCUCUUGUUGUUUUUGCAGCACUUGCUCUCAUAUUCAUUGUGAGAGUUCAUGGUGCAGACCCUGAAUUAGUCUCUGAUUUUUCCAUCCCUGAUGGAACCGACGAAAGCAAGCUCGACGGAGUCUUCUUCACUUACACUGGCUUACGGGGAGGUGCACCUGCUUCAACCAGUGGCUUCGGCCGUAAGGCCGUUUCAGUAAGCAAUUUCCCAGCUCUAGAUGGUAUGGGAGUGUCCAUGGAGCUUCUUGAGUUCCAGCCUGCCUCUGUGAACGUUCCUCACACUCACCCAAGGGGAGCAGAGAUAUUGUUUGUUGUUGAUGGUGCCUUGACUGUUGGCUCCACAGACAGCAAUGGCAAACUCUACAAGAAUGUGUUGCAAAAGGGUGAUGUGUUCGUCUUCCCCAAGGGGUUGCCUCACUACCAAGCCAAUUUUGACAAGACCAAUAAGGCCGUUGCCGUCUCUACAUUUGCCAGCUCCAAUGCUGGUACUGUUUCCCUUCCCAAGAACCUCUUUGGAUCCAAUAUCCCAGAUGAAGUCCUCACAAAGGCCUUCAAGAUAUCUGCUGACACUCUCCAGCAACUCAAGACCAAUAACCAAAGCUGAAGAUUGCUUCCUUCACUUUUUUAAGUUGUGAGAGUGGUGUAACUAAAUAAAUAAAAUAAAAUGAAAGGGAAGAACCCAUGCCAUGCAGGGGAACUCUUCAUCAUGUACUAUAGGUUUUCUCUCUAGUAAUAUUGCAGCUUCGCUUCUGCUUGCUUGCA